AUGAGAAUCGACUUCGCCCUUCUGGUCGUCACUCUGAUGACCACUGCGUCCGCCAGCGUCAUCGAUGGCCCUCGACAUGUGGUGAGAGUUGACGGCGUCGCGCAGUCCGAGGAGCACGAUCUGUUCAAGCGCAAGGGCGGUGGAGGUGGAGGAGGAAGAGGUGGCGGCGGAGGCGGUGGCAGCAGAGGAGGCGGCAGCAGCUCUGGCGGCGGCAGUUCUGGAGGCAGCUCUGGAGGCAGCAGAGGUGGCAGCAGCGGCAGCGGUGGAAGCUCGUCUAAUCGUGUCUACAGUGGCAACCGAGCCCCCAGUUCCAACGUCGGUGGCACAUCAGCUGGAGGCAGCGGCCCGAAGCCAUCGUUCGGCGGUGGCCGAUAUUAUGCUGGUGGUGCAGCGACACCCUACCGCGCCGGCGGACGGAGCCCCUCGGGCAUUCUGCCAUUUGCCAUCCUUGGAGGUGCCGCCCUCGCGUUCUGGCCCGGCGUCUGGCUGUACGGCGCGUACAUGUACCCCUAUCACAAUCCAUACCACUACUUCAACGAGUCCAGCCGUCGCAACGAGACGCGAGACGUUCUCUGCGGAUGCGGCACGUAUGAUGUUUGCGGUUGCGACGAUAACAACAACACUGCGUACUAUAACAGCCUCAUUGGAAACGGCAGCUACGACGCGCUCAACAAGAGCAUUGUUAACGUUGCCGAAGUCAACGGGACCAGGACCAUUCUCAUCAAUGGUAGCCUUCCUAACGGCACGACAGCCGACGGGCCAGAUUCUUCGCAAGAUUCGAGCGCUGCUAGCCUGAGGAACAUUGCUGAGCUGGUGGGUUUCUGGCCUGCCGCCACUGCCGUGCUCGUCGCCGUCUUCCUAGCAUAA